AUGGACGAGUCUGAGAAAAAUCUAGUUAUUUGUGAGAAUGACACUGAAGAUGGUGAGAUAACAGAUGAUGAAGAUGAAGCGCCAGAAGAGAUGACAGCACAUCCAGAUCCUAAUACAUGUAAGUUUAUUUUUGACUAAAAUAUACAAUUUUACACAUACGAUUUUAGUAACUAUUGAUUAUCCAUCAUCCGAUGACGAACCCACUGAAGAACUUAUCAAUAAUUAUGUGAAAAAAGUGGAGGAAGAUCGAAAAAACGAGCCAGAAAUUGAUCCAAAGUUGUGUAAAGUUUGUAAAAAGGUUGAGCACAAAUAUAGAUGCCCAAGAUGCGAUAUAAGAACUUGCUCAUUGGAUUGUUCGAAAAAGCAUAAACUUGAACUUGAUGUGAGUAUUUCUUCUUUCUAGAUGCAGUAAAAAUUAUUGUUUUAGUGUGAUGGCGUUCGGCAAGCAUUCACUAAAGUUGAAAAAUUAUCGCAAUAUGAUGAUAACAAAUCUAUCGAUGAUCAAAAGUUCAUGCAUAAUUUGAAAGAAAAAAUUGGACUUGGUGCUGAAACCGCUACAACAACUGCAAAUGAAGUUGUGCCUGAAGCAGAGAGCGAUUUGAGAUAUAACACAAAUUCUGGAACAGAGCGUUAUCUUUUGAAUGCUGCUCGAUUCCGCCAUGUCUGGUUAGGCUUUUCACAUGAAACUCCUGAAACUUCAAAUGAAAGUAGACAUGAACAAUUCUCUGACACUAUUUUCUGGACAUUAAAAUUGGUUUUCAAGCGACAAUUAGAAGAUGGAUCAACUGAUGAAUUUGUCAAAGUUAUCAAUAAUAUUCCAGAAACUAUUAGGAUAUCUACUGUAAGUUUUGAUUUAUUUUACAGUUUUUUUUUUCAAUUAAUGCCUUGGGAUGGAGUGUUUCUCGGUCAUCACGUUUUCGUGAAUUUUUCCAGGAAAAAAAAGCCAUUUCCUUUUAUUUUUAGGAAUGAUCAUAGCCCAAAAGACAUGCCAUAACUUUCAGAUUCUCAAGCAAUUCUUCAAACCUCGUAAAUUCGGUUGCAUCGUUUCGGAGACCGAUUUGGAUUUAGAAAAACUUUCUAAAUUCAUCGAGCGAGGUCAAGAUGAUGUCAACGUAUUUAUGGAAGUUCAUGGAAAUCCAGAAAAAUACUAUGGAUGUUUGGCAGAUAGCACAAUCUUGGAGAAUACCAGAAAUCGAGUUAUCGCAGAUCAUCCAAAAUUUAUUAUUACUUUGAAUGAUGAGUUUAAGGAUAUGGAUUUGUUGACGAAUGAAGAAAUGGAACAAAUUUCGUCGAAAUAUGGAGGAUUGGCAAAAAAUGAUAGAUAUUCGAAUAGAGCUGGAGGAAAUGGAGGAAAUGGAAGAGGAGGAAUGAAUAGUGGAAGAGUAUUUGGAAGGGGUUCUGGAAGAGGAAUGAAUCGAGGAGUAAGUUGAAAUUAAAAGUCUAGAUAUUUGGGAUCUCGUUGGGUUCGAUAAAGAGUGACAGAUUUUUAGAAAAGUUUCGAAAAAAAAAAAUAAAAAUUGUAAGAUGCUUCUACCGAUUCAAAUUUUGCCUACUGAGAAUUCGUAUUCAAAAUUUUUUUUUUCAAAUCGUCACAUCUAAAAUUAAUUUUUCAGAAACGCCCACACCAUGGCGGCGGCAGCGGCGGUGGCAGUUAUGACAAUUCCAACAACUGGAAACGUGGAAGAGGGGGUGGUGGCAGCGGAGGACCUCGACGUGGGGGAUAUCAUAAUCGUGGACCACAAAUUGAUACAUUUGAUCCAUUUGAGCCAUUUGCCGGACCAACUCGUUUACCAAUCGAAUAUGGCCAGAAAUAG